UAAUUGUCACAGGAAACAUGGCGGCCACCCUACCAAGAGUCCUGUCCUUCGGUAAAAAUACGAGGGCUUUGCUUAACGUUCUUAGGGUAUCUGCUGCUCCAUCUCAACGAUAUAGCGUUGCAGUGUCAAAUGAUGGGGAGAAAAUUACGCACACAGGGCAGGUCUAUGACCCAAAGGACGUGAGAAAGGCUAGAUUCGUAGGUAGACAAAAAGAGGUGAAUGAAAACUUUGCCAUCAACCUGGUUGCUGAAGAGCCAGUGACGCAUAUAGAGUCAAGAGUGGUGUCCUGUGAUGGGGGUGGAGGGGCUCUCGGUCAUCCCAAGGUUUACAUCAACCUGGACAAGGAGACCAAAAUUGGCACAUGUGGAUACUGUGGGUUGCAGUUCAAGCAGACGCAUCAUCACUGAGGGACUGUCUUGUGUUUGUGUCCUAUACAUUACUUCCCUUCCGUUAUAUCUAAUACUUUUCUCUGUACAAUAAAAUACGGUGUAAAUACAAAACAGCAGAAUUUUACUUGCGUUUCAGUUUUAUUUUAAUCAUUAUUAUUUAGAUCUGUGUUACUGAUUACAAUUCAAGAUACCAUUAAAGGGGUGAUAAAAACGCCUCCAUCAUCAUAAUACAAUGUCUUGUGUUCAGCUUUUAGGGCUUAUCCCAGUAUUCACAGACAGAUGGCGUACUUGAUCUUUUCAAAAAUCAUCUGAGCAUUUAGAAUGUACAUAAAACGAAUUUAAGCAUUUCCUAAAACUUUAUAUAAUUGACAGAAGUAAAGAUUCAAAUAACAGUUUUAUUUUAGUGCCGAGAAAUAAAAGAGUAGCACUGUUUGUUAACAUUAGAUAAUGCAUUAGCUUACAUGAAAUAAUGUCAUUUUUUAUUAUUAAAUAAUUGUUAGAAUUUCAGCAUUUACUAAAACAUUUUUAAAAUCUACAGUUUAAACUGUUAACAAGUGAAUGCACAGUGAACUAAUAUGAACAACUGUGUUGCCAUUAACUAAUAUGAAUAAAGCAAAAACUACUGUAUAUUGCUAUAUAAAAACUAUAACUAUAUUACUAUAUUGUUAAUUCAUUUUAGUUAAUGCAUUUACUAAUGUUAACAAACAUAGUCUUAUUGUAAAGUUUUAUCAGUAACAUUUUCCUCUAAGAAUGAAAAGCUGCAUAGCUGUUUACAUGUGGUGGUAUAGUUCAGCGAGUUCUUGUUGGGCGUUAUACCUAGAAUGAAUGCAACGCAUACGUGACCUGACAGGUGUAAAAUUGAAUACUGUUUUCUUGCUGAGAUAUAAGAGGACUGGUCAGCAUCAGGCUUACACAUAUUUUUUUUCUCUGACAGAUGUUGCAGGAAAUUUUAUAUCAUGGUCCUUUUCUAAAGUGUUUUUGAAGCAGUUCUACGUGGCAAGACAGGAAGAGCAGAGCAAUGUUUAAAGUACAGCCGAACUGCGUCGCUGUCUCGUCCUGCUAAGUUUGGAGGAUGUCAGGUGGGAUUUAGUCUGAUAAGAAACACUAGUGCAGAACAAUGCAUGUUUGAAAAAAGAUCAUAUAUAUAUAUUAUGAAGAGUAUUCUCUGCUGGCCUGGCCAUGCCAAAUUGGCCUUGUGGCAGUGUGGAAGAAGCCCGGUCUCUAGUGGUGCAUACACUGGAACCAAGUUUUCUGGCUGGAGGCCCUCAGGUUGAGAGAAAGGCAGCCAUGCUGCUAUAAUUGGGGCUGGUGACAGAAGGCAAGAGACAGCGUGAUGCCAAUUAACCCUCAUCUGCGCUAUGUCCUGUCCGGUGUGUCUGAUAGGUAAGGCUUCAUUGUUAAGGGCUGGUGCUUUUUUCUUUUUCAGGUAUCUAAAUUGCCGGUGGUUGGCUAGUUUAAACAUUGCUCGGAGCAAAACUUUGGGGUGAAACUGAGCAUAUGAAUUGUCCUGCAUAUAAAAGUAUGGUCUCUAUUAUUCAUGAAGCUAAAAGGAAGCCAUAAAAGAUACAGGAGGAUGAUGCAGGUUUGCACAAAAUGUCUUUGAUGAAAUUUUUAAUGUUAAUUUAAGUAGAGAAUUUUUAUGUCAUUUACCAUCAGAACAGCUUUUCACCACACACUGGAUCCGUUUUUUAUAAUUACUGUUCCAAACUGUCACAAGAAAUUUACUCGGUCUGUGAUAUGACUGCUAACUUUACCUAAUUGCCUGCAUUAUUUCCCCUCUUCGCCAUGUACUAGAGUCAUGACCUUUACUUAUAAGACCAUGUCAUGUUUCUCAAAGCUGGUAAAGAAUCCACUAGGAUAACCGCAAGUCUUAUGUGUGUAAUUAUGUGUGCAGUGUCUCUACCUGUGCUGAGAUUUUAAAGGCAAGUUUGCUAUAUGUUUAUUCUCUUAUUUUGAAGACUUGUGGCACCAUGUUGCAAAAUGUAUUUAACGUGGCUUUCUGUGUUUAACACAGAAGCUCAACACAUCCUAAAAAUUGUAUCCAAAUCUUGAAUAACUAACUGAACCUGAGGACAUUUUUACUUGAAUAUUGCGGGCAUGUGUUGUUUAACUAAAACUAAUACCUAGGCCUAUGUGGAAAAAUUGUGUUUCUGAUUUAGAAUAGAAUAAUACACAAUAGUUUAAAUCACACAUGCAUUAUUUUUUAAUAACAUUAAUGCAGUAACUCCUUUAUUAGGCAUUGAUUAAUUAUUGUCUCUAUUGAGACUAAGAAAAAGUCUUUUUUUCAAUAAAGUGUAAUUAUACUGUAAGGGUCUCUGGAAUAAAGUCUUAUUAUUCUGAA